CCACAUUUAUUCGUGCACUAUAGCUCUUCCAUGAAGAGUAACUCGGCUUUAAAAACGCGACAUUUUCAUUCGUAUGUGAGCCGUUGGUUAACGUAGAUGUUGCAUCUCCGCCGCCCAAUUGAAUAACGCCGACGGACAUCGGUGCAAAGGGGAAGGUAAACUAGAAAAGAAGAGAAAAGGAAUGGGCGUUUUCGAAGAAAAAUCCGUGCAAACAAGUGCAGCUUAGUGUCACUUGAUGUAAUGUCGUCUCGGGUUGAUGUUCGAUUGUGCUUGAUUUAAUCUCUUGUGUUUCGUUUCGCCAAGGAGGAAACUCUCAAAAACUACUUGGGUAAAGGAGAGUAGGAAAUUCAACAGCUGUGCCGAGUGCAAUUAAUAGUGUGUUUUACUUCAUUAUCUACUAAGUAAUGUCGGAGAAAAAGAGUGUGCUUCUGGAGGCAAGUACGAAAAUGGCCAGUUUGUCAGAUUCAGAUGUUUCUUCUUCGAUAUCGGUGAAUGUUCCAUCAGACGUUCAGGUAACAGCGCUAUCUGACGGAUUGUAUCAUAUCAAAUGGGUAUUCGACAUCAGCUCAAUUGAAAACGCAAGAGGAAGCCAAGAGACGACGUUUAGACUCGACCAAUAUUCCUCAGCUUUCUACAAGCUCACCUUGAAGUACUACAAGCAAGAUCCUGAGCCUGAUCAAUGUGAGUGCUCACCCGAUACUCAGUUCAUGAUGAAUCUCAAGCUGAAGCGUGAAGCAUGCCCAACAUCACAGGGGUUAAUUUCGAUGGAUGGUAGGGACCAAUCAGCUGCUGUAUGGGCUCGGGUCGGUAGAUGUCAGAAAAUCAUUUUGGACCAGUUACCUUACAUUGUAUGGAAGUCCGAAACGUUCCCCGUCAUUCCAGAUUGGGAUGCAACUGAAAUUCCUUGCCAAUUUUGGAUCAAGUUUUAUCAAAGUGUUGGAGAGAUUAACGCUCAUAGGCAAUUCACGAACUUGUACGUCAAUCAAUUAAACUGUGACGUUACGUUCAGUUUCGAUGAGAUCAAUGAAGACGAGCCGAUCGGUGGUCAUGUCUUCCUUUUGUCGGCCAGGAGCUCCAUCUUCGCUGCCAUGUUCCACGGCGAAAUGCAAGAAACGAGUACAAGAAAAGUUUGCAUCAAAGACAUCAAACCGGAUAUUUUCAAACAAUUGCUCCAUUACAUUUACUCUGGUCGAACAUCGACAAAGUUGUCAGAGGAAAACGCCCAGCCUUUGUUUGUUGCGGCCGAUAUGUACGACAUUGAGGACCUGAAAGACGAGUGUGUUCAGUUCUUGUUAACUUGCAUCAAAUUGGAGAACGCUAUUAAUCUAAUUAAAUUUUGGAUCAAGUUUUAUCAAAGUGUUGGAGAGAUUAACGCUCAUAGGCAAUUCACGAACUUGUACGUCAAUCAAUUAAACUGUGACGUUACGUUCAGUUUCGAUGAGAUCAAUGAAGACGAGCCGAUCGGUGGUCAUGUCUUCCUUUUGUCGGCCAGGAGCUCCAUCUUCGCUGCCAUGUUCCACGGCGAAAUGCAAGAAACGAGUACAAGAAAAGUUUGCAUCAAAGACAUCAAACCGGAUAUUUUCAAACAAUUGCUCCAUUACAUUUACUCUGGUCGAACAUCGACAAAGUUGUCAGAGGAAAACGCCCAGCCUUUGUUUGUUGCGGCCGAUAUGUACGACAUUGAGGACCUGAAAGACGAGUGUGUUCAGUUCUUGUUAACUUGCAUCAAAUUGGAGAACGCUAUUAAUCUAAUGGCGUGGGCGCACGUCCAUGCAGUCGAUUCCCUUAAAGAAGCAGCACUCGCUUUCGUGGCAUCACAUGGAAAAGAAAUAUGCAAACAAGAUGAUUGGGAGAGGCUGAUCAAGAAUUAUCCAGAUCUUUGUUUGUUAGCCACUCGAAGCAUGUGGAAAUAACACUCUCUGUCGGGCAGAGUAUCUAUAUGUUGACAAUUAAAUCAAUUUCUAAAUUGGGAUGUUAUGUCAUCAAGAUGGAGAAAAAACUGAAAUCUGUUUAAUAAAAAAUCUGAUUUGGUGCUGCAA